AUGUCUGGUCAGCGCAGCUCAUCGGUAUUACUUGCUAUGGCCAUCGUCUUAGUAGAGGACGAUCAAGGAGGUAGUUAUCAAGCAAGGGCUCUACUGGAUUCGGGUUCUGAAUGCAAUUUCAUGACCGAGCGGUUAUGUCAACUGAUGAGCGUUCAAUGGCGACGGUCCGACGUGUCUGUGUACGGGAUUGGGCAAUCCAAUACCAAGGUCAAGCAUAAGGUGACAACAACAGUGAAGUCGCGAGUAUCUGCUUUCUCGCGGAAGAUGGAGUUUCUUCUAUUACUGAGGGUCACAGCAAAUCUUCCGAUAGCCAACGUGGAUAUGACGGGAUGGGAAAUCCCAACUGGUGUGGAGCUAGCGGAUCCAGCGUUUUUCAAGUUCAAGGCAGUUGAUUUAGUGCUUGGGAUCCAGCACUUCUUCGCAUUCUUCCACACUGGCAAUGAAGUCCACUUAGGCAGGGACCUUCCUUCUCUAACCGAGUCGAUAUUCGGAUGGGUAGUAGCUGGCACGGUUGAAAGCUCGCUGGAAACCCAACGUAUAACCUGCAAUAUGGCAGUCGGUCUAGAGGAAAUAUUGACUCGUUUCUGGGCCUGUGAGGAGAUCAAUUCUACCUCUACUUAUUCACCUGAGGAAGCACGCUGCGAGGAGCAGUAUGCUAGAACUGUACGAAGGGGAGCGGAUGGCCGAUACACAGUCUUACCACCAAGGGAUGAAGUCGCACUGGCAAGGAUGGGCGAAUCAAGGGACAUCGCAUUCCGGCGGCUAGAAGCUUUGGAACGCAGACUGUCGAGGGAUCCCGAGCUCCGGAAACAGUACAACCAGUUCAUGGCGGAAUACCUGGAGCUAGGCCAUAUGCGAAAGGUAACUGUGGCACCAGAUGAGGAAGGCACACACUGCUACUUACCGCAUCAUCCAGUAGUCAAACAAGAAAGCACCACAACCAAAGUCAGAGUGGUCUUUGAUGCAUCGUGCAAAACUUCUUCGGGAACAUCUCUAAACGAUGCACUAUUAGUGGGACCGGUGAUUCAGGAUGAUCUCCGGUCAAUUAUUCUACGGAGUCGAACCAAGCAGUAUAUGGUGGUAGCAGAGGUCGAAAAGAUGUUUCGGCAAAUCCAGAUUGAUGAGGGAGACAUGCCUCUUCAACGAAUUAUGUGGCGUGUCGAUAGGGCCGAGGAGGUAAGUAUCUUCGAAUUAACCACGGUUACCUAUGGAACCAAGCCCGCCCCGUUCCUCGCAACCAGAACUCUGAAGCAAUUGGCUAUGGACGAGCAAGUACAAUACGCACUAGCUGCAAGGGCUGCAAUCGAAGACGUCUACAUGGACGAUAUUUUGACUGGUGCUGACGAAGCAGAAGCAGCGUUGGAGCUACGAAUCCAGCUGUCCGAGAUGGUGGAUAAAGGCAGAUUCCGUCUGAGAAAGUGGGCUUCUAACUGCCCGAUGGUAUUGCAGGGCAUACCAGAAGAAAAUCUGGCGGUAAUGCAAGCGAAAGAAGUCCAGCUAGAUCCCGAUCCCGAAGUACGAACCCUAGGACUGGUGUGGCUUCCAGUGGAUGAUGUCCUGAUGUUCCGAUUCAAAAUACAGGAAUUAGAUCCAGCCGGUAAAUUCUCUAAACGUAAGGUGCUGUCAAUCACAGCUACGCUAUUCGAUCCGUUGGGCCUGGUAGGAGCAGUAAUCAACUGCAAAUAUUUUCAUGAAGCUACUGUGGUGUCUAAAGGAUGGCAAUUGAAGGACCUUAGAUUGGAAUAG